AUGGCCAACGCGGCCCCCCCAGCCUCCAGCCCAGCCCCGGCCGACACCGCCGGCCCCGGCGUCGGCAGCACGACCGCGGGCGAGGGAGGCAGCCAGGACAGCACCUUCGAGUGCAACAUCUGCCUGGACACCGCCAAGGACGCGGUCAUCAGCCUGUGCGGUCAUCUCUUCUGGUAUGCUCGAGUCUUGCAGUGGUUGGAGACGAGGCCGAACAGGCAGGUGUGUCCGGUGUGCAAAGCCGGGAUCAGCAGAGACAAAGUCAUCCCCCUCUAUGGCAGGGGCAGCACUGGGCAGCAGGACCCACGGGAGAGAACACCCCCUCGACCCCAGGGCCAGAGGCCAGAGCCGGAAAACAGAGGGGGGUUCCAGGGUUUGGGCUUCGGCGAUGGAGGGUUCCAGAUGUCAUUUGGAAUCGGGGCUUUUCCGUUUGGAAUUUUCGCCACAGCGUUCAACAUCAAUGACGGGAGACCGCCGCCAGCUGUCCCCGGGACACCCCAGCACGUAGACGAGCAGUUCCUGUCCCGCCUCUUCCUGUUUGUGGCGCUGGUCAUCAUGUUCUGGUUGCUCAUCGCCUAGACGACUAACGGAGCCGGGAACCAGGACACACGGACACGGACGCAAAAGAAGGAGCACCUUUCCUUUUCUCAGAAAGCGGAAAGGUGGAAGACGUAUCAUUUGCAGAGAUUCAAGGAGCGGUCCUCGUUUCUGUCCCUUUCUGUUUUUUUUUGUUUUUGUUUUAUCGGCUGAUGCAUGAAAUGAUGAAACGUGACUGCGACUACACCGUGAUUUAAAAACGGCAACGAGCCGCCGCUCCCCCGGGGGUGCAGAAGGGCCCUUUGGAGCAGCGUAUCCGCGCGGCACGGAGUCACCUCGCACGCGGAGUCAAAGCCCUGUUGUUUUUUUGUUCCUGUCGACGGUGCUUUUAUUGGAAAGUGAAGCCGGUUUGUGAAACGGGAUGUUGCUUUUGAGCCCUAAUGGCUCCUAAAUCAAACGCGUUUAAUAAACACGGCCUCCUGCCGUCCCCUAAGAGGCGUCACAUGGGGCCUCUGAGCCAGUCAGAGGCCAGCAUACCGCGUGCUGAGAAACGCAGCUGUUCUCUCUCUCUGUCCCUUUUAGUCUGUCCCAGAGCUGGCCAGGAUCAGAAACUUUCACCCUGUAGACCCCUGUAAAAUUAUUGCAGAUUAUGAAAAAGAAACAUUAAUUUCACCGAUAAUAAUAAUAAAAUCUUGAUUUAUAAUCUGUACAUUUUAUUCAUGACAUUUAGUUGAAAUUUUUUCUGGAAUCCAUGUCUAUUUUCAAAUUGUAAUGCCAUCUAGAGUUGCUGUAUUUCAGAUGCAUGUUUGACCCAGGUCUGGUUGAGUAACUAGUGCCGUUUUUCAUCUUAAAGGGGGUUUGGACCUAAUUUGAUGACUGUAAUCUCCGGGCACCAUAAGGGUGUGUUCUUUCAUGUUGGAAGGGGAAUUCUGGUAACAAAAAUUCUGUGAUUACUUUAUUUUAAUCAAGGUCCACUCUAGAGUCCCCUGUUCUAACAGGUUUUAAGAUUUUUGUCCUCAGGGUCCAGAGGACACACUGAGAAUUUGGCUGUGUAUAAAUACUUAGCUUGGGAUCACUACCAGACUUAGGUGAAAUACGUAUUUGUUUUGGAUUCAAAUACUUUUGUACGCUUUACUGAUCUUGUCUGGUGUAUUGGAACCAAUUAAAUACUCCCAGAAAGUGCAAACCCCCCCUUCUGGUCAUAUUGCCAGGCUCAAUUACACCAGGCAAGAUCAAUAGAGCACAGAAAAGUAUUUGAAUCCAAAACAAAUACGUAUUUCACCCAGGUCUGAUCACUACCCUUAUUUGUUUUUAUUGCCAGAGUUCUCCUUUAUAAUGAAAAGGUUAUAUCUCAAGCAUCUUAAAAGUUCAGUUCUGGUUUUUUGAGAGAUUUUUUAUUUUUUCAAUAAAAGCUGCAAUGCAACAGGAGGGCCAGCAGUGGCCAGUGUUUCCCCCAUGAGUAGAGCCCUGUAAAACCAUAAGUACUGUGGGGAAUAGACAGGCUGUAUUGUAUCUUAUUUAAUUAUUAUAUAAACAAUGCUCAUUAAUUUUCUUUAUUUUAUUUGCCAAGUUUUUUGUGAUCAGAUUAACAGUAUUUCCUCCACUAAUACCUAUGCAAUGUCUUUUUCCCCCUUCUCUCUAAACCUGUUUGUUCUUUGGAUCAUUGAUAGUACUGUGCUGCACAAUUAAAAUGUUUUAAUUUUAAAACUGCUAAUUUCAGUGAAAGUGCGAUCUUUGUAAUUGGUGUAAAUGAGGAGUACACAGGUAUGAAGAUGAUAAACCAGAAGUGAUUGUGUCCAAGUUCCAAGCAGAUUGGUGACCUGUAGCUGCUCAAUGGUGGUUGUGUGAGUGAACGAUUCAGCUCCUGUACAAACAAUUUUCACAACCUGAUGACUAAAACGGCUUUCUACUUGACUUAGAAAUAAAUCUGCGUGGGGAGGUUGUAUUUGGUUAUCUUAGGAGCCAUUUAAUUAAACCUGUUAUUGCUCUUUCAAGUGAAUACAUUUUCUUUGAAUGUCUCUA